CGGUAACCCGCCGUGAGCAGCGGGGCCGAAACUCACCGCACCCUCAUCAUUCUGUGUCAGGAUAUUCCGUUCACCGGGACCGAUAACACUCGUCACAGAGACUCCACCGGCUCAUUGUCAUCAAUGGAUAGAGAGUUUGAUCAGUGACAGACUCUUUAAACUUCAGCGGAUACACAGAUUGAUGCUAACAGGCUAACAAGCAUCAUCAGCGCGCAUGCGUGUGUGUGUGUAUGAAAGCAAAUCACGGAUUUAUUCGUUCAUUAAAUUCAAUACAACUCGUUUUAGUAAAGUGUUUAUCUGUUAUUUGGGAGACAACUUAUAAAGUCAUGUUAAAGAGCUCAUAUGAUGUAAUGGUUGCCGUUUACAGGUGAUUUUUGAGGUUAAUUUGUACCUUUUCAGAGUGUAUUGUGAUGAUUUCUGAGGUGUUUAUACAAACCCUUUCUUUAUGUGGUCUGAGUCUGUAAGGUGUUUUUAUAACAAUGAUGAUGAGAUCUGGACAGUAAUCUGGUGGCAGGUGUUUAGGUUUGGAUCUAUAGUCAGACUAAAGCUCGAUGACGAGUUUUAGAUGAAAGUUUAUUUAAAGCUCAAUCUGAGCUCGAGUUUUCCUGUCACUGAGACUUCAGAUCAGACUUCAGCAUGGCUCCCAAAAAGAGACCAGAUCCCAUUGUUAUAACUGGAAGCACAGAACCGCAGACAACUUCCACAUCUAUAGAUGCUGCAUCAGAAGCGAAUCUGGAGGCCCUUCAGAAGAAGCUGGAUGAACUGGACUUGGAUGAGCAACAGAAGAAGCGUCUGGAGGUUUUCCUUACACAGAAAGCUAAUCUGGGGGAAUUGAAGGAUGAUGAUUUCCAGCACAUCUCUGAACUGGGAGCUGGAAACGGAGGUGUGGUCAAUAAAGUUUGUCAUAAACCCUCCGGUCUCAUCAUGGCCAGAAAGUUAAUUCAUCUGGAGAUCAAGCCUGCGAUCAGACAUCAGAUCAUUCGAGAACUGCAGGUUCUCCACGAGUGUAAUUCUCCGUACAUCGUGGGCUUUUAUGGGGCGUUUUACAGCGAUGGAGAGAUCAGUAUGUGUAUGGAGCACAUGGACGGAGGAUCUUUGGAUCAGGUUCUCAAAUACGCUCGCAGAAUUCCUGAGGAGAUCUUGGGAAAAGUCAGCAUAGCGGUUUUAAGAGGUCUUGCUUACCUUCGAGAAAACCACCAAAUUAUUCACAGAGAUGUGAAACCCUCAAAUAUUCUGGUCAAUUCUCGCGGUGAGAUCAAACUGUGUGAUUUUGGAGUAAGUGGGCAGCUCAUCGACUCGAUGGCAAACUCUUUUGUGGGCACACGGUCCUACAUGUCGCCGGAGAGAUUGCAGGGCACUCAUUAUUCAGUUCAGUCUGAUGUGUGGAGUAUGGGUUUGUCUCUGGUGGAGUUGGCCAUCGGUCGCUAUCCCAUCCCUCCACCUGAUCCUAAAGAACUGGAGGGCAUCUUUGGCAGGGCUCUUAUAGAUGUUGGAGAGACAGAGACACACGGCACCUCUCCACGACCGAGAGCUCCAGGCAGACCUGUCAGUGGUCAUGGGCCGGUAAUGGCCAUAUUUGAACUCUUGGAUUAUAUAGUCAAUGAGCCUCCUCCUAAACUCCCACUCGGUGUCUUCACUCCAGAUUUCCAUGAUUUUGUGACUAAAUGUCUUAUUAAAAACCCUGCAGACAGAGCCGACCUGAAGAUGUUGACGAACCACACGUUUAUUAAACGCUCCGAGGUGGAGGAGAUUGACUUCGCUGGAUGGUUGUGUAAAACUGUCAGACUGAAUCAACCCAACACACCCACCAGAACACCAGAAUAAAUGAAGACGACACACAAACACACACUUAACCCUGACCAUCACCUGACCUGACACCAUUGGUAAACCGUGUGCACAUGCAAAACUCUUUCUUUAAUCGUUCGCAUAGACAUAAGUGACUCCCAGAAAACACAAUUGAGUCUGAAUUCACCCCAAAUAUCAAGAAAUGAAGGAAUGAUUGGGACAUUAUUUUCAUGCCUCUACUGAAUAAAGUAAAAUUCACUGUUCAAUAAAGUUAUUAACAAAUGUAUUUGUAUUCAAUUAAGUAAUGAAAAAUACAAAGAAAGUCAUCUGAAGACAUUGCAGUCAUAAGAAUUGGGUGUCAGAUGGGCUUAAUUGUUAGGGAAAUAUGUAAAUGUAUUAAAAUAGACUUUAUGUUGAUGAUUCUUUGGGAUGAAAAUGAAUCAGGGCUGUUUUCUGGAGAUGCACAUCCAGUUAUCAUGUGUAAUGAACUUCACGUUACAUUCACCGCAGUCACUGUUAUGAUUGAUUUGAUUUCUGACUCAAAUAUGAAGUGCAGACGGUCAGAAAUCCUCGUGUGAUGAUAGAUGAUCAACUGUUGGGUUGUUGUAGAUGGAGAAGAAUGAGAUGCAGUAUGAUUGAUUAUUAAAGCAGAUUUGUGCUCCUUUAGUUUUACAAUCAACUUUGAUUUUUAUGAUCUCCCUCAAAAUAAAAGUUUCAAAACUGUCA